CUCCGUUCCUUUCUUUGCUUCAAGACCAUUGCUGUUGACUCACGACCUCUCCAUCUUCUCUCUCACCCCUCUGCCUCUAUCUGUAUCUCUACAGCACAGCCAGACACAGAACGGCACGGCACUGCACAGCACAGCAUGGCAGAGACCAAGAAAAAGAUACUACCCGUCGACGGCGAGCGCAAUGUGCUCAUCACAAGUGCUCUGCCCUACGUCAACAACGUACCCCAUCUAGGCAACAUUGUCGGUAGUGUGCUUUCGGCCGACGUCUUUGCCCGCUUCUCGCGCGCUCGAGGAUACAACACGCUAUAUGUCUGCGGGACUGACGAGUACGGGACUGCCACCGAGACCAAGGCCAUCGAGGAAAACGUCACACCCCAACAGCUGUGCGACAAGUACUUCGCCCUGCACUCGGACGUCUAUGAGUGGUUCAACAUCAGCUUUGAUCACUUUGGCCGCACACCCACUCAGCAACAGACCGAUAUUGCCCAGGAUAUUUUCACGAAGCUGCACAAGAACGGUUAUCUCGAGGAACAAACCACCACACAACCUUACUGCGAGACCCACAAUAGCUUCCUAGCAGACCGCUUUGUCGAGGGAACCUGCCCGCUAUGCAGUUACGACGACGCUCGUGGCGAUCAGUGCGACAAGUGCGGCCACCUUCUUGAUCCCCUCGAGCUGUUGAAGCCUCGUUGCAAGCUCGAUGGCGCCACUCCUGUGCCCCGUGAGACCAAGCACGUCUACCUCUGCCUCGACAAGUUGCAGCCUGCCCAAGAGGAGUGGUUCAAGAAGUCCAGCAAAAUCGGCAAUUGGAGCUCCAACGGCACUCAUAUAACUUCAGCCUGGUUGAACGAGGGUCUUAAGCCCCGCGGCAUUACUCGCGAUCUCAAAUGGGGCACAGCUGUCCCUCUCCCUGGCUACGAAAACAAGGUCAUGUAUGUGUGGUUUGAUGCUUGCAUCGGCUACGUCUCCAUCACGGCCAACUAUACCGAUGAGUGGGAGAAAUGGUGGCGCAAUCCCGAGCAGGUUAAGCUGUAUCAAUUCAUGGGCAAAGACAAUGUCCCAUUCCAUACAGUGGUUUUCCCUUGCUCGCAAAUCGGUACCCAGGACAAAUGGACUAUGCUCAACACCAUCUCUACGACUGAGUACCUCAACUACGAGAACGGAAAGUUCUCCAAGUCAAGAAGUAUCGGUGUGUUUGGCAACAAUGCAAAGGAGACGGGUAUUCCCUCGGAUGUGUGGCGCUACUAUCUCCUUUCCCACCGACCAGAAACUGGCGAUUCUGAAUUUGAAUGGAAAAGCUUCAUAGAUUCCAACAAUAACGAGUUGCUUAAGAACCUGGGCAACUUCGUUAACCGUGUCAUCAAAUACGUCAACUCAAAAGUUUACGAUUCCAAGGUCCCAGACUGGACCAAGUUCAGCGACCCGUAUUUUGAACAACACAAGGCAAAGGUCAACGAGUACCUGAAACGGUAUAUUGGAGAGCUAGAAGAUGUCAAGAUCAAAGCGGGGCUUUCGACUUGUCUCCACAUUUCAAGUCUGGGAAACACAUUGCUUCAGGACAAUAAGUUAGAUAAUCGUCUGGCAACCGAGGAACCGGAUCGAUGUGCUGCCGUCGUCGGUAUGGCCUUGAGUCACAUUCACCUCCUUGCCUCGCUGAUCCAACCCUACAUGCCCGCCACAACCGACCUCAUUCUACAGCAACUCAACACCACCUUUCUCAUCAUCCCCGAUGUCUGGCAAGCACAAUCCAUUCCCGUGGGUCACACCAUUGGCAAAGCCGCCUAUCUCUUCUCGCAGAUCAAGCCAGAAAAAGAGCAGGAGUGGCGCGAGCAGUUUGGUGGUGAGGAAGCUCGCAAGGCCAAAGAAGAAAAGGCAGCCAAGGCCGCUGCGAAGAAAGCGGACAAGGAACGCAAAAAGGCGAAGAAAGCUGCCGCUGCUGCUGGCGUGGGACAGGGUGUAGAGUCUUCGGAGAAGGGUGGGAAGGGUGAGGUCCCGGCUCCAAGCACAGCAGUCGAAGAGGUCACGAAAGGCGUGGACCAGACCAGCUUACAAACUUCUUAA